GACGCCAGCGACUGCGCACAAAACAAGAGUACUGAAUUUAGCCAUGACUGCAAGGUGGACAGCGUUUGAGCGAUCCGCAUGGUUUGAUAUGCAAGCCGUUGGCAAAGAAGAAACGGCUCGAAACAGUUUUGCGACUGGAAUUGUGUGUAGUCCAAAAGAUUGUCGCAACAGCGGCCGUUAUGUUUCAGGAUGCAUGGGGCAGCGUAUGCUGUGGUCUGAAUGUGCAUCAGAGUAGACAAAUAUGGCUCGUCGUGCCUCACAUCACAACAUGCCCUCAAAGGAAGUGGAGCCUGAAGGACCUAGGAAGCCUGCACGAUCUCGUACGGCAUCGCAGAAAGCGUCCUAUGCAUAAUGCCUCCGUAUCUAUCUCAUGCGCUUUACCAGCACAAAACAAGUCAGCGCCAUAAACAAAACAAAACAAAGACAACAACAAUGGCGACCAAGACAGAAGCGAUUACAGUGACCGCCCAGGUAUUGGAAGCUGAGGUGGGCGCAUUUCGUUUAGCAACACGUGAUGUCGAGGCAAUCAUGCGAGAGGCCAGUCUCGAGACUGCUGCGAUGCUUGCAUCAAUUUCACGGAUGGAGACGGCGAUCUGCACGAAGAACAACAUUAGUGCUGGUCCUCCAGUGAUUUCAACACCUCUCACAAGUGUGUCGAUCCCAGCCACACCCCCCUCAAGUCCACUGCUCGCGGUUUGUGUCUUGGAGUCUUUGAAUUCUGGCAGAACUCCGUCCAGUAGGUGUUCAGACUGGUGCAGAGCCCAACACCUGUUGCACCAUGGAAAGUUGUCACAGGAAUGAGCCCGAUCGCUCCUGUUCGGCAUGCAAGCCAACCGGCGAUGUUGUGGAAACUCUGCAACAUGCACUGUUCGAAUGCUGCGUCCACAAAGCUCAACUUGCCGACAUACGGCUGCGUCGGCCUCACACGAGCGUUGCUGAGAUCAUACAAAUCACCGUCGACCUACCAAAAGAACAUGUCUUCUACAUUUCGCGCAUUGUCUAUAAACUAAAAUCCAUUACAGACUCUCAG